UGGAUUGCAAACCUCCUGUUACACGCACCACGAAGGAGAGGAACAAAGCCUGCACAUUUCAACUGCGUAGGAGCAUCUUGUGAAGUGUGUGAGAUUGCUUUAGGAAAAUCUCAGCAUGGCAGACGUUGCAACUACUGAUGAGGAGCCAAAGCAAGAAGAAACUACUGCAUCGGUCCUCUCCGAGACGGAUGAGACAUCCCAGGAAACACCCAACGGCGUGAAAACGGACAGCGAAGAAAGCAAGCAGAGCAAGGAAAAGCAUGAUGGGAAAGAGAAAUCGUCCACCAGCAAAAGAGGAAAUCGCUAUCAUCCCUACAAGGAGAAACACGGCGGGGAGAAGAAGAGUGCUCAUAGGAAUCGCGUGUUCAUCAGCAAUAUACCUUAUGACAUGAAGUGGCAGGCAAUUAAAGAUCUCAUGCGUGAUAAAGUUGGUGAGGUUACAUACGUGGAGCUCUUUAAGGAUGCUGAAGGAAAGUCAAGGGGUUGUGGUGUGGUAGAGUUCAAAGAUGAAGAAUAUGUUAAAAAAGCCGUGUCAGCUAUGAAUAAGCAUGACUUGAGUGGAAGACCGCUCAACAUCAAAGAGGACUACGACGGUGAACACGCCCGGCGUGCUCUGCAGCGCAUGGGAGGAGGUCAGCAUGGGGGUCGUGGGCAGGACAUGGUGCCUGGUGGGAUGAACAUUCCUCCUUCGAUUGCCAACAACCCCAACAUCCCGCCUGAGGUCAUCCACGCGCUGCAGGCUGGCAGACUAGGGAACACCGUGUUUGUGGCUAAUCUGGACUUCAAAGUGGGCUGGAAGAAGUUGAAAGAGGUGUUCAGCAUGGCAGGAGUGGUGAAGCGAGCUGAUGUAAAGGAGGACAAAGACGGGAAAAGUCGUGGAAUGGGAACGGUUACUUUUGAUCAGCCUCUGGAAGCUGUGCAGGCCAUAUCCAUGUUCAACGGCCAGAUGCUCUUUGAAAGGCAGAUGCACGUUAAGAUUGAUGAAAAGUCUCUUCCCCCUGAUGAUUUCCUUCCAGUAGAAAAAGCACCACAGUUGCCACGGGGCCUGGGUGGCAUCGGCAUGGGUCUGGGGCCAGGAGGGCAGCCCAUAAAUGCAAACCGUCUUAGUGGUGGUGGUGGCGGCGGAGGAGGAGGAGGAAUGGGCUCCAUGGGACCUGGAGGUAUGGAUUCAGGUUAUGGAGGAAUGAGCAGGCUUGGAGGAAUGAGUGGGAGUGGAGGCUACGGCGGCAUGGACAGCAUGGGCAGCAUGGGGAGCUUUGGAGGCAGGGACAUAGCGCCAGUUGGCAGAAUGGGAGGAAUUGGUGGACUGGAUCGGGACUUUGACAUGCCCAUGAGCCGAGGAUUUGCGGAUUCCUUUGGAGGAAUGGGUGGCAGUUUUGGAGGAAGCAUGGGACACAUGGGAAGUGGCUUAGGUGGUGGAAUGGGCAGCAUGUCCAUGGACAGAAUGGGCCCCAGCUUCGACCGUGUAGGCAUGUCGGGAAUGGACAUGAACCGUGGCUUUGGAGGCUACGGAGGUGGCGGACACAUGGGUGGAGGCAUGUCGGACAGGGGCUCAGGGUCCAAAGGCGGCUGCCAGAUAUUUGUGCGAAAUCUGUCCUAUGACCUGACAUGGCAAAAGCUGAAAGACAAGUUCAGUCACUGUGGUCAGGUGCUGUUUGCAGAAAUCAAAAUGGAAAAUGGGAGGUCAAAGGGUUGCGGGACGGUGAAAUUUGAUUCUCCAGAGACCGCAGAGAAGGCCUGCAGGAUGAUGAACGGAACCAAGAUCAACGGCCGGGAGGUGGACGUCCGCAUUGAUCGCAACGCUUAGAGAUUUUGUAGAAACCCCCUCGUAACUCACUUUACACUUUCUGACGCCCGUACCAAUCAUUGUUUUGUUUUAAAAACACUAUGACUUCAUGUUUCCCUGAUUUCAUUUUUGUUGGUAUACGACAUAGCCGUUUUACCUUUGUUUUAUAAACCCAGUUAUGAUUUGUCAGUUUAUUUGAAUAAAUAAACUUUUUAAUUUUUAAACUGC